UAUGAACAGGUAGAAGAACGUGGUGGCACCUGUAUACCAGUGAAAUGUGAUCACACAGAUGAUAAACAAGUAGAAGAAUUAUUCGAUAAAAUCAACAAAGAACAAAAUGGACGAUUGGAUCUCUUGGUUAACAAUGCGUACGCUGCUGUAAAAACAUUGUCUCAACCUGGUUUCUCAGCAAAAUCAUUCUGGGAAUUGGAACCUGAAUUGUGGGAUACUGUGAAUAAUGUUGGACUCAGGGGCCAUUAUGUUGCAUCAGUGUUUGCAGCAAGAAUGAUGGUACCAGCAAAGCAGGGUUUGAUUAUCAACAUCUCGUCACCAGGUGGACUGAUGUACCUGUUUAACGUUGCUUAUGGUGCUGGAAAAGCAGGGGUAGACAAAAUGGCAUUAGACUGUGCACAGGAACUAAGGACACACAGUGUUGCAGCUGUUUCAUUGUACCCUGGAGUAGUGAGAACAGAGCUUAUUGAUGAUAUGUUAAGCAAAGUAACACCUAUUGAUAAUCAACUGAAAAUGUUUGAAAAUGGAGAAAGUCCUGAAUUUUCUGGUAGAGGCGUUGUACACCUGUUGAGUGACCCAAACAUUAUGAAGAAAUCUGGUCGUAUUUUAUUUAUGGGAGACGUUGCGUCUGAGUAUGGCUUUACAGACAUAGAUGGAACAGUACCAUUCCACCACAGACGUCUGAAAGACGUGUUGCAGUUUAGGGGACAUACAUGGCUAUCAAUGUUUAUACCAAGAUUUGUCAAUGUCCCACGGUGGAUGAUGGCUGUAUUUUUGAGCAAACUGUGAACAGAUGACAAAACAUAACAUUUAUUUUGCAAUCAAGUAAGCAUACAAAAAUUGAUAGCUUCUUGACAUUCCCUAAAAUGUGAAAAAAAACAGUAAACCUGUAAGAGAAAUAUGCAAAAUGGAAAAAAAAACGUGCACCCAAAUGAUAUCCUUAUUCAUAGACACUAAUGCAUAUUUUCAAAAACGAAAAACAAUCGACAAUUCACGUAAAAUGACAAAUAAUCAUUUAGCACAAAACAAGUACAUCGCAGAACAUAGUCAAAUCAUAAGUAAAAGAUAUAUGGAUCUUGCAAUUCUAUGGCAAACAUUAAUCAGAGUGAGCACAUUGAUGCUACCGAAGAUUGUGUAACACUAUCAUUAUAUUUAACUAGAAGCUCUGAUUAAACAAACCUUAAUGUUAUGAGGCAAUUCUCAACUGUAACAACAGACCUCUCAAUAAAUUUUGAAUAAUAAUAAAUUCAUUUCAAUAUAAUCACUAUAUUUAGGAUUGUUUGGUGGAAUAUCAUCAUAAAUAUUUCUUAUUGUGAAGGACUUCAUUUAGUAAAUGUACUUCGAAAUUCAGCUUUAUGUGAAUAAAUAAAUAAAUCAAA